AUUGAAAAUUUGAAAUUGGGCUAGACCGACGUUAUGUUAAAAAUCAAUACGUUAGAAAUUUUCUCUCUUGGUUAUCUCCGCCUCUCUCUCUCUCCAGAAAACCUUUCCCCCCCCCCCCCCCUUUUAGCUCUGUCUCGCUCGCUCUCUCCGACUCUCUCACUUUCUGCCUUUAUCGCUGCGCAUCUCUCUCACCUUUCACUCGCCGCGCCGCACGUCGCCUUCUCCGGUAGCAGAUGUAGUGCGGUACGUCCCCCAUUUUCGUUGCUCCCUCCGCCUCGCCUCUCACUUGCCGCCGCAAGGACUAACCCGCCCCGUCUUCUCCGCUAGCAGCCGCAAAACGGAAAAGCAGCACUACCGCUACAGUUGCAUCAGUCCGCCUCUCUGACCUCCGCGGCUCCGCGUGGGUGCCUUCGUCUGACUUUCACAACUACAUCCAGAAAAUUGUGCUCAAAUAAGUCAAAUUCGCGAGUUCAACUGAGUUCUCCUGCUUUUGGUGGAUUGAUAACAUGGCCGUGAUUGAGGAAUCAGAGCCAGAAUUCAAACAACAAAACAAAAAACCAGUUUCUGAAGAUGACAAAAGGAGAAAGAAAAUGCCUCCUGGUAGUUUGAUGAAGGCUUUGAUAAGGCCUGGAGCUGGUGAAAAGACACCAACAGAGGGUGAUCAGGUUAUAUAUCACUGUACAAUACGGACACUAGAUGGGGUGGUUGUUGAGUCGACUCGAGCUGAAUCUGGAGGCAUUGGUAUUCCAAAACGACAGGUAUUGGGCAAAAGUAAGAUCAUAUUGGGAUUGCUAGAAGGCUUUCCUACAAUGUUGAAAGGUGAAGUUGCAAUGUUCAAGGUAAAACCUGAGCUGCAUUAUGGUGAGGAGGAUUGCCCUGUUUCUAUUGCUGAUGGCUUUCCCAAGGAUGAUGAACUUCAUUUUGAGAUUGAGUUGAUUGAAUUCUCUAAAGUCAAGGCCAUUACUGAAGAUUUAGGUGUCUUAAAGAAGGUAGAGGAAGAUGGACAAGGUUGGGAACAACCUAGAGAGCCCUAUGAAGUUAAAGCUUGGAUAUCAGGGAAGUCUGGAGAUGGAAACGUGAUCUUUUCUCAUACACAUGGGGAACCAUUUUUGUUCACUUUUGGUAAAUCUGAAAUACCAAAGGGUCUUGAGAUGGGAAUCGGAACAAUGACACGAGGAGAAAAAGCAGUAAUUUAUGUCAUUAAGGACUACUUAACUCAAUGCCCUCUGAUUCCCUUCAUUGACGGUGUUGCUGAAGUCCACUUUGAAGUGGAGUUGCUGCAUUUUGUUCAGGUCCGUGAUGUCCUUGGGGAUGGGCGCUUGAUAAAACGCCGUUUGCAUGACGGAAGAGGUGAAUUUCCUAUGGAUUGCCCUCUUCAUGACAGCCUUUUACGUGUCCACUACAAGGGAAUGCUUCUCAAUGAAGAAAAAACUGUUUUCUAUGAUACAAGAGUUGAUAGCAAUGGUCAGCCUUUUGAGUUCAGAUCAGGGGAAGGCCUUGUGCCAGAAGGGUUUGAAAUGUGCACAAGAUUGAUGUUACCUGGAGAGAUAGCUUCUGUUACAUGCCCCCCAGAUUAUGCUUACGAUAAGUUUCCAAGGCCAGCUGAAGUACCUCAAGGUGCUUAUGUGCAAUGGGAGAUUGAGCUUCUUGAUUAUGAGAAACAAAAGGACUGGACAGGUUACAACUUUAGAGAAAUAAUGGAUGAUGUUGAGAAGAUCAAAGGCACGGGUAACAGGCUAUUCAAAGAAGGCAAAUAUGAACUUGCCAAAGCAAAAUAUGAACAUGUGCUUCGGGAAUUUAAUCAUGUUAAUCCUCAAGAUGAUGAUGAGGGAAAAGAAUUUUCAGACACAAGAAAUUUGUUGCACCUGAACAUGGCUGCCUGCUUGCUGAAAAUGGGUGAAUACAGGAAGUCAAUUGAAAGCUGCAACAAGGUAUUAGAUGCCAACCCAGCUCAUGUCAAAGCUCUGUACCGCCGUGGAAUGGCAUACAUUGCUGUCGGUAAUUUUGAAGAAGCUAGAGCAGAUUUCAGUAAGAUGAUGAGUGUUGACAAAUCAUCAGAAGCAACCGCCAACGCAGCUCUUCUUAAACUGAAAAAGGAGGAGCAGGAAAUUCAUAAACGAGCUCGUCAACAGUUCAAGGGAUUGUUUGACAAGAAACCAGGGGAGAUUUCUGAGGCUGGUGGUAAGGAUCUGCAAGGAGAGGCUCCCGGUGUAAGCCUUGAUGCCGAUGCUUUAAAUGACGAUAAAGAACAUCUUCUUGAGGCCACUGCUCAUCCGCCUGCGAGCAUGUGGUCCAGAUUAUGGCCUAGUGGCAGAAAACUUUUUACAACUCUUGGAUUAGAUAGAUGUGCCAUAUUGUGACAUUCUUCUUUUUUCUUUUUAUCCAUAUUGUGACAUUCUAAUAUGGAGAAACUUUCAAGAACUUUACAUUUUGAGAGAUAACUAGUACACCCACAGACAAGACAUAUUUUAUACUUCUUUUUAAAAUAAAUAAAUUAUGUAAUAUCAAAA